CCUCUCCGGUCUCCUCCUCCCUCUUUCAUCCCCUCCAUCCUUACUUUUCCUUUUUCUCCUCAGAACGAAGCGUAAACCCCCCCCAAUUUCAGGCAGCCGAGAACGACGAACGACAACACGAAAUCGAAGGACGACAUGGAAGCCGAGCGAAGGCGACUUUGAUUCGCAGGUUCCGAUUUCGAUUGCGAAGGUUGCUGUCUGUCUCCUCCUCCUCCUCCUCCUCUCUCGCGCCGCGGAGCCGAAUUCGUGAAGGAGGAAAUCGGUGCGGAACUCGUGGGACGGGGAAUCGGGUCGGGGGAAUUCUUUGGUGGGGGGGCCAUUUUGGAGGGGGAAUCGAAAGGGACGACACUCCUGGCUCAUCCUCUGUCCAACCUGCGCCUGCUCUCGAUUCGCGGUCUGAGGGUGAUGGGUGCUGCGGGGUCCAAGCUCGAGAAGGCCCUCGGCGACCAGUUCCCCGAGGGCGAGCGCUACUUCGGCCUCGAGAACUUCGGCAACACCUGCUACUGCAACAGCGUCUUGCAGGCCCUCUAUUUUUGCGUGCCCUUUCGCGACCAACUGCUUGAUUAUUACGCGAAUAACAAAAUUAUUGGAGAUGAAGAUAACCUGUUAGCGUGCCUUGCAGACCUAUUUACGCAGAUAAGUUCACAAAAGAAGAAAACCGGUGUCAUUGCUCCAAAACGUUUUGUCCAGAGAUUAAAGAAACAAAAUGAGCUGUUCCGAAGCUACAUGCACCAGGAUGCACAUGAGUUUUUGAACUUUUUGCUCAAUGAAAUUGUGGAUACUUUGGAGAAAGAGGCCCAAGCUGCCAAGAAUGAUCAAGAAGCAUCAUCACCUGCUGAGAAGACUGCAAACGGGCCUAAGAAUGCCCAUGCUAACGGUGGCCCGAAGGAGCAAUUAGAUACUUGGGUGCACAAGAAUUUUCAGGGAAUACUUACAAAUGAGACGAGGUGUCUGCGGUGCGAGACGGUAACUGCAAGAGAUGAAACUUUCUUUGACUUGAGUCUUGACAUUGAACAGAAUAGUUCAAUAACAAGCUGUCUAAAAAACUUUAGCUCAACGGAAACAUUAAAUGCUGAGGACAAAUUUUUCUGUGACAAAUGCUGCAGCUUGCAAGAAGCUCAGAAGAGGAUGAAGAUAAAAAAGCCACCUCAAAUCCUUGUCAUCCAUCUGAAGAGGUUUAAGUACAUCGAGCAACUCGGUCGGUACAAGAAGUUAUCUUAUCGCGUUGUGUUUCCACUGGAGCUGAAGCUAAGUAACACCGUAGAAGAUGCAGAUUCUGAAUAUUCCUUAUUUGCUGUGGUUGUCCAUGUUGGUAGUGGGCCGAACCAUGGCCACUAUGUUAGCCUGGUGAAGAGCCACAACCACUGGUUAUUUUUUGAUGACGAAAAUGUAGAGAUGAUUGACGAGUCCGCGGUGCAGACAUUCUUUGGAUCGGCACAGGAAUAUUCGAGUAAUACAGAUCAUGGUUACAUCUUGUUCUAUGAGAGACUUGGCAACGGGCAUAUGAGUUGAGAAGAAGGGAAUUAGUAUCCUUAAUUAGGUAAUUUAACCACUCUGGCCUGUUUUGUUGUUUUAUGUCCUUUUUAUUGGUCUUUGCCCUCCUUUACAACCUCUCAGGGAUCGGUUCGCCAGCUAUCAUUGAGAUAAAAGAUGGGUCCUGGAAAGUGUAUACUUUGAUGGUCCGUGUACAGCUUAUGGUGGAAGCACACUGUCCCUUUUUUCUUACUAAUAAGAGGGGGAAACAGCACUGUAUAUGUUGGCUUUGAAAGACUAUUACCCGAGUGGUAAUUUGCUGUCGAUUUUGCCAUCAUUUUAGAGUAAAUUGUAGUACAUGGCCAUUCUGAUUCUGGGUUGUCUCUUGAGCUUUCGGGCGUUGUACUUCUUUGUGAGCUGCAAAUUAUUUAUUGACAUCUUCA